AUGCAAUGGGCAACCCAUCAGAGGGAAGCCGAUAACGAUCACGUACGUACACCAUCCUCAUCCACUCAAGAUACCAGGAGCACCACAGAAGAUCAAGAUCAAAAAGAGACCAUGGUACUCAGAAGAAAGCGGCCCCUUAUAGUUUCCAGCGAUGAUGAUGAUGAUCAACAAGAUGACACUGACGAUGGUUAUCAAACAACACAAUCAACAUCCAAUACUCAGAACAGAGCUCUUCCAGCACGAGUAGAGUUUGAUCGUAUCAUCUUGGAGGAAACAGUACGAGUGAAUCCCUUUCGAGCUCCACACGGCACAAAAAAGCAUGCAUGGAAGCAGGUGGCUGAUAAUGUCAAGGCGAAGCGCUCAGGCGGCAGUGAUGCAUCAAUGACAGGCGUCUAUGUCAGGAACCGGGUUUAUUAUUUGAUCAAUACGCCCAAAGCCAGUGCAGAGCUUGAACAGCUACGUCGCAAGUUGAUUGAAGAGAAAAACAAUAGCGAGAGACCAGUAAUGCAGAGGUCAAGCCGUUCCAGCGUAUCAUCAUCAAGUGAUGUUUUAGCAUCCCCAAACACGCCUCAUCCUGUAACAGUACAACAACAUCAACAAAGGCAACCUCUUGUGUUCCCGACUACGCCUAUCCCUGGACCAACCCAACCAAGACUAUCUCUUGCUAUGAAUCAUAAUGCAACUUUGGCACCAUCCAUAUCCUCCUCAUCAAGAACGUCUUCCGAUCAUCAACUUGUUGAGCAACGUUGGCGUUAUCUGGAAUCGCGCACACAAUACUUGGAACAACGUACCCAAUACCUGGAACCACGACUCGCUGCUUUGGAGACGGCAACAACCAAUCUUUUCGCAUUGUUUUCGGAUCACCAAACAAGCGUUCAUGAACAACUACAACAAAUGAAUGGAGGCAGCGAGACUUAA